AUGAUAAUGAAAUUUUCAUCAAAUGCACCUAUUAUUCAUGUUUCUGCUAAUACAAAUCCAGCACUUUCUAUACAAGCUAUUAUUACAAUUAGUAAUAAACAUCAUUUUUCUAUAAAUAAAUAUCAUCCAAAUGCUAGUACACCAACACAAACUUAUCCUGAACCAUCACAAACAUCAAUACAUCAACAAACACAAUUACCAUUAAGCAUGGAUUCAAUAUUAGGUAGAUUAAUUCUAUAG